AUGCCUAACAACAUUAACAGUAUGCAUUCUUUCCACCAAGCAGGGAGGACAACGUCCAGCAGCCACAAGGGAUGCUGCUGGCUCAGCAGCCAUCUGAAACGAGCUCCUUCUCACAAGGUUUUGGGGCGGUUCUGUGCAGGGAUGGGGAAACUGCAAAGCAAGCUCAAACACAGCACUUAUAAAUACAGGCCCGACGGGAUUAUAGAAGAGAGAACUCAAACUAAAUCUUGUCUGGAGUAUAGCCCAGCUCACGUGGAUAGUGUCUCUGUCGUUGCUGCUCUGAACUCAGACCUGUGUGUCUCUGGAGGAAAAGAUAAGACAGUGGUGGCCUAUAACUGGAAAAGUGGAAAUGUGGUGAAAAGGUUCAGAGGACAUGAACGAGAGAUCACUAAGAUAGCCUGUAUUCCCAGAUCCAGCCAGUUCUUCAGCGCCUCUCGUGACAGGACAGUCACAAUGUGGGACUUGUGUGGCCCUUCCCAGCCAAGGCAGCAGUUCUCUGGCCACACCAUGGUGGUCACUGGAUUGGCUGUGAGUCCAGACUCGUCACAGCUGUGCACUGGCUCUCGGGACAACACCCUGCUUCUGUGGGACGUUGGGACCGGACGGUGUGCGGAGAGAGCUUCCAUCUCGAGGAACCUGGUCACUCACCUGCGCUGGGUCCCCCACCAACCAUAUGUACUACAGACUUCUGAAGAUAAAACCAUCAGAUUAUGGGACAGCCGGGGGCUGCAGGUAGCUCAUAUAUUUCCCACAAAGCAGCAUAUUCAGACCUACUGCGAGGUCAGUGAGGACGGACACAAGUGUAUCUCCUGCAGCAGCGGCUUUGGAGGGGAAGGCUGCGAAGCCACGCUGUGGGACCUAAGGCAGACUCGGAACAGAAUAUGUGAAUAUAAGGGGCAUUUCCAGACUGUUGCAUCCUGCGUCUUUCUACCAAGAGCACUGGCCUCGAUGCCUAUAAUUGCUACCUCAUCGCAUGACUGUAAAGUGAAGAUUUGGAACCAAGAUACUGGAGCCUGCCUGUUCACCUUGUCCCUGGACGGAUCAGGACCUUUGACUUCCCUGGCUGUUGGCGACACCGUCUCCUUACUGUGUGCAAGUUUCAGCAGAGGAAUUCACCUGCUCAGAGUGGAGCACAGCCAAGGGCUGGAGCUGCGAGAAGUGGCAGUAUUCUGA